UGGCGGCGGGUGCGUGAGCGGGGCGGUCGGGGAGGCCCGGCGGGAGCGCGGCCGCCGCCGCCAUGAAGGGCAAGGAGCGCUCGCCCGCCAAGGCCAAGCGCUCCCGGGGCGGCGAGGACUCGGCGUCCUCCUCCUCCUCCUCGCGCGGCAGCAAGAAGCCGAGCGGCUCGUCCGGCGGAGGCGGCGGCUCCAACGGCGGGAAAGCGGCGGCGGCGUCCGGCGAGAGCAACAGCGGGAGCGGCCGGCGCGGCGCCCACGCGGACAAGGGCGGCCGCGCCGGCAGCCGCGAGUACGAGAGCGGUUCGGCGGCGGCCGCGGGCGGCGGGGGCCGGCACGGCUACAGCGGUAAAACCGCGGAGGCGUCGCGAAGCAGCAGCAGCCGCGGCGGCGAAUCGCGAGCGGCCGCUGCCGCCUCCUCCUCGUCCUCCUCGUCGGAGCCGGGCGGCGGCGAGUACAAGACGCUGAAGAUCAGCGAGCUGGGCUCGGCGCUGAGCGACGAGGCGGUGGAGGACGGGCUCUUCCACGAGUUCAAGCGCUUCGGAGACGUGAGCGUCAAGAUCAGCCGGCUCCCUCCCGGCGCCGGCGCCGCCGACGAGCGCGUGGCCUUCGUCAACUUCCGCCGGCCCGAGGACGCGCGGGCCGCCAAGCACGCCCGCGGCCGCCUCGUGCUCUACGACCGCCCGCUCAAGAUCGAGGCCGUCUAUGUCGGCGGAGGCAGCGGCCGCCGGCGCAGCAGCCGCUCCCCGGCGCUGCUGGACAAGGAGUCUCCCUACGGCACGGCGGCGGUCGGCGCGGUGGCGGCCGCCGUGCGGCACCCGCCGGCCGGGGCCGCGCAGCGAGCGCUGUCCCCGGCGGGCAGCGGAGGAGCUUUGGGAUACCGGGACUACCGGCUGCAGCAGCUCGCCCUGGGCCGGCUCCCGCCGCCGCCGCCGCUGCCGAGGGAGCUGGAGAGGGAGCGGGACUACGGCGGCUUCUACGAGGCGCGGGUGCGGCCGGCCUAUGGGCUGGAGCGCGUGGCCGGUGUGGCGGCGGCCGGGGGGUUCCGCGGAGGAGGAGGAGGAGGUGCCGGAGCGGCCACCGAGGAGGAGAUCAGCCCCGAGGAUGACCAGAGAGCCAACCGCACGCUGUUCCUGGGCAACCUGGACAUCACCGUGAGCGAGUCGGACUUGCGGCGAGCGUUUGACCGUUUUGGGGUCAUCACUGAGGUGGACAUCAAGAGGCCGGGGCGUGGGCAGACCAGCACCUAUGGGUUUCUUAAGUUUGAGAAUCUGGACAUGGCACACCGGGCCAAGUUGGCCAUGUCAGGGAAGGUGCUGCUGCGCAACCCCAUCAAGAUCGGGUACGGCAAAGCCACCCCGACCACCCGGCUCUGGGUGGGCGGCCUGGGGCCCUGGGUGCCCUUGGCUGCCCUGGCCAGGGAGUUUGAUCGGUUUGGCACCAUCCGCACCAUCGAUUACCGCAAAGGGGAUUCCUGGGCCUAUAUCCAGUACGAGAGUCUGGACGCUGCCCAGGCAGCCUGCACCCACAUGCGGGGCUUCCCCCUGGGGGGGCCGGAUCGCCGGCUCCGCGUGGACUUUGCCGACACGGAGCAUCGGUACCAGCAGCCCUACCUGCAGCCCCUGCCCUUGCCACCUCCAGCUCAUUACGAGCUCGUGGCGGAGGCGGCUGCUUUUGGGGCUCACCGGGGAGCCCCCCCUGACCCUCUGCGGGGGGCCCGGGACAGGACGCCACCUUUGCUCUAUAGAGACCGUGACAGAGACCUUUAUUCUGAGACAGAGUGGGUGCCCCCGCCGCCCCCUGUGCGGGACCGGAGUAAUCGGGCAGCUGCCUAUGACCCACUGGAAAGCCUGGAGCGCCGCCGGGACGGUUGGUCCUUGGAGCGGGACCGGGAGAGGGAGCUGGGCAGUAGCAGUAGGGAUCAGCCUAGGAAACGGAGGCUGGCCGAGGAUGGAGGCCGGCACUUGGACCGUUCCCCUGACAGCGAGCGCUCCUCUUCCUCCCGAAAGCGCCAUUGCUUGGCCACGACCUCUCCCCCGGACCGCAGCCCCGAGCUCCUGGGGGGCCGGGAGCGUUACAGUAGUGACCCUGAGCGCUCAUCCCGCUUGCUCCUCGUGGAGCGACCGUCCCCCAUCCGGGAGUCCCGCCGGGGCAGCCUGGAGCGGGGGCAGAACGAAAAGCGCGACCGCAAGAAUUCCGCAGAGCGGGAGCGCAAGCAUCGCGCCGCUGCUGCUGCCCAGGAGUGCAAAAGUCCGGCCAAAAAGGACGAGAGGGCAGCAGAGGGUGGUGGUGGAGGCUCCCGGCUCAAACCUCCUCCCCAAAAACAGCAGCAGGAUGGAGCAGCGCAGGCCGGGGCGGCGCCCAAGCUGUGCUUGGCUUGGCAGGGGAUGCUCCUGCUGAAGAACAGCAACUUCCCGUCCAACAUGCACCUGCUCCAGGGGGACCUCGGAGUCGCCAGCAGCCUCCUGGUGGAGGGAGCGACUGGUGGGAAAGUGGCUCAGCUCAAGAUCACCCAACGUCUCCGUCUGGACCAGCCCAAGUUGGACGAGGUCAACCGGCGCAUCAAGGUGGCGGGUCCCAAUGGAUACGCCAUCCUGCUGGCCGUGCCCGGCGCCUCCGACAGCCGCCCCGCAGCCGGGGCUGCCGAGGCCGCCACCACCUCCACGCAGAGGCCGCUCAGGAAUCUGGUGUCCUACCUAAAGCAAAAGCAGGCUGCUGGGGUGAUCAGCCUCCCUGUAGGGGGGAACAAAGACAAGGAGAACAGCGGGGUCCUGCACGCCUUUCCGCCCUGCGACUUCUCCCAGCAGUUCCUGGACUCCACGGCCAAGGCGUUGGCCAAAUCAGAGGACGACUAUCUGGUCAUGAUCAUUGUCCGUGGGGCAUCCUAAGGCCCUCAUGUUCUGUUCCCAACCCUGCCUACUCCUCCAUGCAGCCCCUCCAGCGUGUGCCAGGUGCUAUGGGAUACAGCCUUAGCCAGCCCUGUCGUUAUUUUAAAUAGAUCUUUGUUUGUAGGUGAC